AUGUCACAUACAAAGGGAUCAACCCUCUCAAGUCUCAAAGCAAUAGUCUCACUGAACGGAGCUCCAAGGUUUAGGGAAGUUGAGACAAUAGUGACGUUGCGCUCCCUCAUUCUAACAGCAAACGAACAGGCUCCUAUGCCGAAAUCAAGAACAAUUCGGAGCUUGCCACGCUUGAUUGCCAGCACGUCUCAGAUCAAGAAAUCAAUCGGGAGUGAUGAGUUGACAACCCACUUCAGCUUCUCCUUCUCCAUCUCCAUCUAUGAUAUGAUCCCAAAUGGCCAACUAUACACGUUUUUGAUACUUGACAAAGAAACUAUCGAAGUUGGGAAUAAGAAGGGCAUGAUUUGGUUAAGUGUUGGAACAGUUUCGAGAUGCCUACUUUGGAGGCAUGGUUCUCAAAAUUGGUUUGAUGAAAAUUCAAUUUUAGGGGCUUGUAUUUAA